GGUCAUCUUUUCACCAGCUGAUUUGUCAUAAAUUUCUCAAGUAAAGCUACAUUUGUUGGAGGAUCUUUCGACGUAAAAUAAUAUAGAGGAUGUCAAACUUGGGACAAUUUGACACUGAUUUUUACCAAUCUAAUUAUACCAUUGAUAAUCAGGAGCAGAGUUGUAAUGAUUCUAAUGCCUAUGGAAAUCUUUAUGGAUCUGGAAAACCACAAGCCAGUGAGCAACCUCAGCCUGCGUUUGUCCCACCGGAGAUGCUCCUGUCAUCAGGAUACGAGGGACAAUUUUUUCAGCCAGCGUUCAACGUGGAUUCUUAUUCACAAUCUCCUUACAUUGACAGUUUUGAUGAAGAGCCUCCUUUGCUAGAAGAACUUGGAAUUAAUUUUGAUCACAUAUGGCAAAAAACCUUGACAGUGUUAAACCCACUGAAGCCAGCAGAUGGCAGCAUUAUGAAUGAAACGGACCUCACUGGGCCCGUCCUGUUUUGUGUCGCCCUAGGAGCCACGUUGCUUCUGGCAGGAAAAGUUCAGUUUGGUUACGUGUACGGCAUAAGUGCCAUUGGCUGCCUCGGGAUUCAUGCCUUACUAAACCUGAUGAGCUCUUCAGGGGUGUCCUGUGGCUGCGUGGCCAGUGUAUUGGGUUACUGCCUGCUCCCCAUGGUCAUCCUAUCCAGCUGUGCUAUCUUCUUUUCUCUGCAGGACGCCUUUGGAAUCGUGUCUGCACUGGUCAUCAUUGGCUGGUGUAGUCUCUCAGCUUCUAAAAUCUUCAUUUCGGCCUUGGACAUGGAAGGACAACAGCUUCUCAUUGCCUACCCUUGUGCCUUAUUUUAUGGACUUUUUGCCCUCCUAACAGUUUUCUGAAGAGUGUUUGAGAUGUCGUUACAAGAUUCUAUUUUAUUGCUGGUCAGAUUAUCCUGGAAAUGUAUUAGCAUUCAAAUUUGGUAAUAUGAUUUCUGUUUUAUUGCUGUUGAGAGAAUAAUAAUCAGAGAGGCAAAGCAGCACUUAAGGAUGGCGCUCUAAUAGCCUGUUGGUUUGAAUGAUGUUGCUUUUUGGUUUGGUGCAUUAAAACAUUUUAAAAUACUUUAAAAUAAA